AUGGUUUUUUAUAGGAUAACAUUAAUUAGAUCUACGAUUGGUUUACCACAGUCAACCAAGAAAAUAGUCUCUGCGUUAGGUCUUGGUAAGAGAGGAUCUGUUGUCUAUAAGAGGGUUACACCAGUAAUUGCAGGUGCCGUCACAAGUAUUAAAGAAUUGGUGGAUGUAGAAGUAUCCAAGGGUUAUUUAUCAGCGGAACAAAUACAUCAACAAAGAAAAUCUAAUCCAGGUUAUAAAGUUACAGGAAGAGCCUUCUAA